CUGCAUCUUACCGCAUAGAAACGAGACCAUUCUAAAAGAAGAGUCGGAGAGUCAUAAUUCACUAACCAACCGCUUUAUAUUUAAAUUUCUUUUGCCUGUGCACAAAUCUGAUUUUUGUUGCUUCUUCAAGGCAAAUUAUUUUUAUAGGCGGACGCUUUCUCUCUCCAAAAUUUAUCGCAUUUGAUUUCAAAUCCUUACUGCCUGCGAAAUUGAUAACCGUCCUCUUAUCGACAUUCUCUGCAACCGUUUUGGUAACAAAAUCUCCGGUUUUCUCUGGUUAAAAAUAACCGUCAUGAAUAAUAAUAGCCUUCUUCUCACUUCAACCACCAUCCGCCGCCGCCAAGUCACCAUUUCUCCCAUAAUCGCCGGGGUGUCCGUUGUUUUGUGUUGAGAAGUUUCCCCAUGCACCCACUUUGCUGCAUCUCCACCGUGUCCGAUCACUCACCGGCGAAUCUAUCCAUGGCAGUCACCGUCAGAUCCAACCCGGAUCCCGGAUCAACCACCGUUCAACCACAAAACCAAAACCAAAACCACAACAACACUAGUCAUUUCUCAAAUCACCACCACCAUAAUCACAGCACCGCCAGCUACUGCAGCAGCAAUAACGGAACGGAUUGUAACAAAAAUAACAGGAUGAGUCACCAGAGAGUUUCGUCUGCAAGGGAGCAACCACUUAUACAGGUGGAUGUGAAGAUAAAUGAUAUAGUAGGGAAUGGAAUUUCGGGGAUUUUAUAUAAGUGGGUGAAUUAUGGGAAAGGCUGGCGGCCGAGAUGGUUUGUUUUGCAAGAUGGAGUGUUGUCGUAUUAUAAAAUUCACGGACCUGACAAGAUUCUUGUUAAUCAAGAGACUGAGAAAGGAUCCAAAAUUAUCGGUGAAGAAUCCAUGAGACGGAUUUCUAGGCCUAAGAAUGGGAAUUCGCAGAAUAGGCGUAAGCCUGUUGGUGAAAUUCACCUUAAGGUAUCUUCGAUCCGGGAGAGCAGAUCAGAUGACAAGAGGUUCUCAAUAUUUACCGGCACAAAGAGGCUGCACCUGAGAGCAGAGACACGUGAGGAUCGCUUGGCAUGGAUGGAAGCAUUGCAGGCUGUGAAGGAUAUGUUCCCUCGUAUGUCUAACAGUGAACUAAUGGGUCCUUUGGACAGUGUGGCAGUCUCAACUGAGAAGCUCAGGCAGCGGCUUCAAGAAGAGGGAGUGAGGGAGGAGUUGAUACUGGACAGUGAGCAGAUCAUGAGGAGUGAGUUUGCCGCGCUGCAGAACCAGAUAGUGCUGCUCAAGCAGAAGCAAUGGCUUCUCAUUGACACACUUCGCCACUUAGAGACAGAAAAGGUUGACUUGGAGAAUACAGUAGUUGAUGAGAGCCGAAGGCAGUUGAACGAUCAAGGCACAACAUCUUCUUCUAUUCUGAGACAAUACAAGUUUAGUGAAGCAAGUGUCAGUGAAUCCGAUGAUGAUAAUAAUGAAAGAGUUGAUGGUGCAGAAGAAGAAACAGAUGAUGAUGAGAAUGCGUUCUUUGAUACUCGUGAUUUUCUAUCAUCAGGUUCUUUCAAAAGUAAUGAGUCUGAUUUUCGGCCAUCAUCAUUCUCUUCAGAUGAUGAAGGGUUUUUUGCUCUUGAAUCAGAAGAUGGCAUUGAUCCUUUGAUUAGGUCUGUUGGAUCAAACCAUCCUUACAUUAAGCGCCGUAAGAAGUUACCUGAUCCAAUUGAAAAAGAAAAGGGUGUGAGUCUAUGGUCGAUGAUUAAGGAUAACAUUGGGAAGGACCUAACCAAAGUUUGUCUUCCUGUUUACUUCAAUGAGCCUCUCUCUUCACUACAAAAAUGCUUUGAAGAUUUGGAAUAUUCAUAUCUUCUUGAUCGGGCAUAUGAAUGGGGAAAACAGGGUAAUAGUCUUAUGAGGAUUCUUAACGUGGCUGCUUUUGCUGUUUCUGGAUAUGCUUCAACUGAAGGAAGAAUUUGCAAACCAUUUAAUCCAUUAUUAGGGGAAACAUAUGAGGCCGACUAUCCGGAUAAGGGCCUCCGGUUUUUCUCAGAGAAGGUCAGCCAUCACCCCAUGAUUGUUGCAUGCCAUUGUGAGGGUACAGGAUGGAAAUUUUGGGGCGAUAGCAAUCUCAAAAGCAAAUUUUGGGGUCGCUCAAUUCAGCUUGAUCCCGUUGGAGUUUUGACUUUGGAAUUUGAUGAUGGAGAAGUCUUUCAGUGGAGUAAGGUUACAACAUCAAUAUACAAUCUUAUACUUGGAAAACUGUAUUGUGAUCACUAUGGUACAAUGCGCAUAGAAGGAAAUCGUGAGUAUUCAUGCAAGCUGAAAUUUAAGGAGCAGUCUAUUAUAGACCGAAAUCCUCACCAGGUGCAAGGAAUGGUUCAAGAUAGGCAUGGUAGAACAGUGGCAACUCUUUUUGGAAAAUGGGAUGAGAGCAUGUAUUACAUGAAUGAUGAUUUCUCUGGGAAGGGAAAGGGGUUUGAGUCUAUGAAAGAAGCCCAUAUGCUGUGGAGGCGAAGUAAACCCCCCAGAUUUCCCACCAGAUACAAUUUAACACGCUUUGCCAUGACAUUGAAUGAGCUCACCCAUGGACUUAAGGAAAAGCUGCCUCCUACAGAUUCAAGGCUUAGACCUGACCAAAGAUACUUGGAAAAUGGUGAAUUUGAUAUGGCAAAUUCAGAGAAACUGCGAUUAGAGCAACGUCAGCGCCAGGCCCGAAAUAUGCAGGAGAGGGGCUGGAAACCACGGUGGUUUGCAAAGGAUAAAGGAAGUGAUACAUACCGUUAUGUUGGCGGGUAUUGGGAGGCCAGAGGCUGGGGAAAUUGGGAUUCAUGCCCUGAUAUAUUUGGCCAGAUUCCUACCGAUCAGCUCUUUGAUUAAAUCACUAUUGCCUCUUCUCGAUUCAUUUUUUUUGGUGUAGCUAGUGAACGAAUGCUGGUGUGAGCAGUCCAGCUGCCCCCAAGAUUUCCAUUGCAAAUAAAAAUUAAAACCAGUCAAUAAAAGGAUUUUUUUUUGUCA